AUGAACGCAUCCAACAUCUCUGUGGACCCGCGAUGCACACAGCCGCCUCCUUACGCCAUCGACGUCCUCCGCGGCUUGUCGCUGGUUGAAAUCUUUGGCUACGCAGUUCUCACUUUCAUGGCCACUCUCGCCAUGCUCGUGUAUCUGGAGGAGUGUGUUUACAUCUACAGGAAGGUGGCACCCCAUAAGAAGACCAUCAUCAUCUGGGUGAACGGGGCAGCACCUGUGAUCGGUGCCAUGUCCUGCCUCGGCAUGUGGAUCCCCAAAGCCACCAUGUUCACAGACAUGACCUCAGCAUGUUAUUUUGCCAUUGUGGUGUUCAAGUUUCUUACCUUGAUGCUGGAAGAAGUUGGUGGCGAUGAAGCAUUUCUAAAGCGAGCACCAAAACACGAUUUAAGAAUUAGUACUGGACCCUGCUGCUGCUGCUGUCCCUGUCUGCCCCAUGUGGCCAUCACAAGGCGAUCCCUUUUCCUGCUGAAGCUCGGAUCACUUCAGUUUGCAAUCAUGAAGAUUGUUUUUACCAUCCUCUCAAUUGUGCUCUGGACAAAUGGGAACUUUAACCUUGCAGAUCUGACCAUCAAUGGAGCGGCCAUAUGGAUAAACCCUUUUGUGGGUGUAUUGACAAUCAUCGCCCUUUGGCCCGUGGCUAUAAUUUUCAUGCAUUUGAAGACUACUCUGAGAACUCUUAAGAUUAUUCCAAAGUAUGCGAUGUACCAGCUCGUGCUGGUCCUGAGUCAGUUGCAGACGGCAAUCAUCAACAUUCUGGCUCUAAAUGGAACGAUUCCGUGUUCUCCUCCCUUCUCCUCAGCAGUUCACGGCUACAUGAUAAGCCAGCAGAUGCUGAUAGUCGAGAUGUUCAUAAUCACCAUGGUAACACGGCUAUUGUACAGACGACAGUACGAUCCCCUUCCUCUGUAUGAGGACGACGUCAAUGAACAGGCCACAAUCCUGGUGGGAUCACACUCUUGUAGCGAGAGUUACCGUGUUCUGUCUCCGCUGUCCGCGGAUGGCACCGCAGCCCCGGCUUAUGAGGACCCGAUGGAGAGCAGCGGCCCAGUCACACAGACGGGAUUUUCGCCGUCGCCGCUGUCCAUUAAGCAAUUUUUGGAUUUCGGUCGGGACAAUGCCUGUGAGAAGACGUCGUACAUGUUCUUGCGUAAGGAGCUGCCGGUGCGACUGGCCAACACCAUGCGUGAGGUCAACCUGCUGCCCGAAAACCUGCUGAACCAACCCUCUGUGCGGCUGGUGCAGAAAUGGUACAUGCAGAGUUUUGUGGAGCUGCUGGACUACGAGAACAGGAAGCCAGAAAAUCCACACGCACUGAAUGACUUUCUGGAGUUGUUGAUUGAAAUCCGCAACCGUCACAACGAUGUGGUCCCCACUAUGGCCCAGGGCGUCAUAGAGUAUAAGGAGAAGUUUGGCUUUGACCUCUUAAGCAGCACAAACGUCCAGUAUUUCCUUGACCGUUUUUACACCAAUCGCAUCUCUUUUCGCAUGCUCAUCAACCAGCACACCCUCCUGUUUGGGAAUGACACCAACCCUGCCCACCCCAAACACAUCGGCAGUAUAGACCCCACCUGCUGCGUGGCUGAAGUCGUCCGUGAUGCUUAUGAAACUGCCAAGAUGCUGUGUGAGAGAUAUUACCUGGCAGCCCCUGAACUGAAGAUCGAAGAGUUCAACAUGAAGGCGCCAGAAAAGUCAAUCCAAGUUGUGUAUGUGCCCUCGCAUCUGUUCCACAUGCUUUUUGAGUUGUUUAAGAACUCGAUGAGGGCCACAGUGGAGCUGCACGAGAACAGCUCAGAGGGACUUCCACCAGUGAAAGCUAAAGUUACUCUGGGACUAGAAGACUUAUCCAUAAAGAUCAGUGACAGAGGAGGAGGCGUUGCUCUGAGAAAAAUAGAACGUCUGUUUAACUACAUGUACUCUACUGCUCCAGCGCCAAGUCUGGAGCCUGGAUCUGUCCCUCUGGCUGGUUUUGGAUAUGGGUUACCCAUUUCAAGGCUGUAUGCCCGAUACUUCCAAGGGGACCUGAAACUAUACUCUAUGGAGGGUGUGGGCACUGAUGCAGUCAUUUAUCUGAAGGCUUUGUCCAGCGAAUCAUUCGAGCGGCUUCCCGUCUUCAACAAAUCGGCGUUGCGACAUUACAAGACCAGCCCCGAAGCAGACGACUGGAGCAACCCCAGCAAAGAGCCUCGUGACGCCAGCAAACCCAAUUACAAAGCUAAAAGAUAA